AUGUGGCGGUAUUGCAUACUUUCGUUGUGUAUUUCUAGUGUCAUUGGUCAGGGAUAUGAUGGUUAUAAAAUCUACCACGUCAUAGCAUCUAAUUCCUUGCAAGGAAAAGUACUAUUUGAGCUUUCCAAACAAGAACACUAUGACUUCUUCAUUCUAACCAAACUUCUCAACCAGACUUCAAGUGUAAUGGUACCACCUGAGAAGAUAAGUGAGUUUAAACAACUCCUUAAAGAAAAUGGAAUCACUCAUAGCCUUUUAAAAGCCAAUGUUGGAUAUGAAAUCAAGAAACAAUUUUAUUAUAUGGAACGACCUCGAUCCUACGAUCCUACACCAAAGCUUGGAACUGAUCGUUAUUACUCUCAUGAUGAGAUCAAUAAUUACAUUGACUAUUUAGCUGGGCAAUAUCCCAAUCGAGUGUUUGCUAAAAAUGUAGGUAAAACUUACGAAAAUCGCACCAUGAAGACUAUUACCAUCACAAAUGGAGAUGGUCGAGCAAACAAGAAAAGCAUCUUCAUCGAUGGUGGAAUUCAUGCUCGUGAAUGGAUCUCCCCAGCAGCUGUUCUCUACGUAAUCAAUCAGUUGGCAGAGAAUUUUACAGAAAAUAAGGAACUUUUGCAGAACUACGAUUGGAUUAUUCUUCCAGUUGUUAAUGCCGAUGGUUAUGAAUAUACUCGAGAAUCAUCCAGCAAGAGAUUGUGGCGUAAGACAAGAACUCCAUAUACAAAUUGUUAUGGUGCUGACGCAAAUAGAAACUUUGACUUCCAUUGGAUGGGUAAAGGUGCAUCGUCAAAUACUUGUUCGGAAACUUAUGCUGGUCCAUCGGCAUUCUCCGAGCCAGAAGCUCGUGUUUUAAGAGAUGUCCUGAUAUCGAUUAAAGAUCAAUGUAAAAUGUACAUGACUAUUCACUCUUAUGGAAAGUAUCUCUUAUAUCCUUGGUCAUGGACUUCAGACCUUCCAGAAACUGUGGAUGAUUUACAUGAAGUAGCUAUGGCAGGUUACAAUGCAAUUUUGAAUGAAACUGGUACCGUUUACACGGUAGGAUCUUCAACUAAUGCUCUCUAUGAAGCUUCAGGUUCAAGCGAUGACUACGCAUUUGGAGUGACAAAUAUUCCAAUUUCGAUUAUUAUGGAACUUCCGGGUAGUGGAUCAGUAGGUUUUGAUCCACCAGAAUCAAAUAUUGACCGGUUAGUCAAGGAGACUUGGGUUGGAAUCAGAGCUAUGGGAUUGGCUGUUAUCAAUAAGUAUUGA